GACAAAAGUUGCUUCCUCUAGUUAUAUUAACUCUAUGGUUCGACUUCUCGCAGAGCCGGUGGCGCACGUAUUUUGAUACGCCAAUCACGUGGUCAUGAUUUCGGCAGGAAGUGGUUUCCAGUUAUUUCAAACGUGAAGUUAAAACGAUGCCUUUGACCAAAGCUGUAAUUGUUCCAGGGAAUGGGGCUGGAGAUGUGGAACGGUGCAAUUGGUAUGGCUGGGCCAAAAAACAAAUCAAUAAGAUUCCAGAGAUGACCUGCCUGCUGGAAAACAUGCCUGAUCCAGUUACAGCUCGAGAGAGCAUAUGGUUGCCAUACAUGGAGGACGAGCUGCAAUGUGAUGUUGAGACAGUAAUCAUUGGUCACAGCUCAGGAGCAGCCGCAGCCAUGAGGUAUGCUGAAACUCACAAAGUGUUUGGCAUUAUCCUGGUGGGAGCAUACACCUCUGAUCUGGAAGAUGAGAAUGAGAGAGAAAGUGGAUAUUUCAACCGACCAUGGGAAUGGGAAAAAAUAAAGGGGAAUGCUGGCCAUAUAGUUCAGUUUGGCUCAACAGAUGACCCCUUCUUGCCUUGGGACGAGCAGGAGGCUGUUGCAAAAGGCUUGAAGGCUGACCUGCGCAAAUACACAGACAAAGGCCACUUCCAGAACACACAGUUUCCAGAGCUGAUGAACGUAGUACACAAACUGAGAGCCGGUACAUAGAAGACAGCUGGAGAUAUCACCUGCAAUAAAGGAUGACUGAUCUUGUGAAACUGCUGAAAGUCAACAAUGACAUUAAACACACCACCCUUUAUACACUG